AUGAGAAAUCUAAACGACUCCAACACAACUCAAUCCAACGAGUUAUUACAACCGACGGUCAGCCAUAGCUUAGUCUAUAGCCAAUUGCAAAUCAAUGACUCUGUAAACUCUGAACAACUUCAAUCAGCACAACAACUACAGUCGAAUGUCGGUUUAGCGUACACUGAUAAUUCAGAACAUGACAGUAGCAUCAAAUCAAGCAAAACGUAUUACCAGGAUCAUUUUAAAAAACUGGAAUAUAUAGGAAGGGGUUCGUACGGCACUGUCCAUAAUGUGGUCCAUAAAUUAGACGACCAGGUGUACGCCAUUAAAACUAUUGCGACCAAUGAUCAAAACAAACAUCGAGAUCUAAGAGAGGUAAAAUGUUUGGCAAAAGUGCGCUCACAAUAUGUGGUACAGUAUUACCACUCAUGGCUCGACAACAAUCUGCUGUACAUUCAGUUGGAGUAUUGCCCGCAAAGUCUGGCCAAAGUGUUGGCCGACAAACAGCUGACAUUUGGCCGCCAAUCACCGGCCGAACCGAUGAAUGUCUACGAGUAUUACAUUACGUGCGAAAUAUUUCGGGAACUUUUACAGAGUGUCCAAUAUUUACACGAUGUGAAGCCUCAGAUAAUACAUCGGGAUCUAAAUCCGAAUAACGUGUUGAUUAAUUUACCCCUUCCUAACAUACAAGUGUCUCAUCUAAGUGGAGAGUGGAGAUUUAUUAAGAUAGGUGACUUUGGUCUGGCCACUCUACACGACCCAAAUGUGCACUAUAGAACCGAUCAGUGGCAUACACGCGAUGUAGGUACUGUCCACUAUCAGGCGCCCGAAGUGGACACAAAGCCGCCGAUGUAUGGCCACAAGUCAGAUGUCUAUAGCCUGGCAAAAAUUGGGGCCGAAUUGUUUGAUCUGGCGCUACAUGUCAGUACACUAGAUGGCUAUCCGCGUGACCACGUGCUUAAUGGAUCGGUCGUACUCCUACAUCGUAUAUUGCAGUCAAUGGUGUCGUACCCCCUGUGGAAUAAUAGGCCUGAGUGUCGGGAAGUGUUGGCUGAAUAUAACGAGUGGUCUAUUGAUAAGAGUGUUUUGUAA